AUCUUCCGCCGCGGAGAAGGUGGCGACGGUGCUCAACCCCAGCAUUGACAGCGUCAACCAGCUGACGGGUGGCAAGUCUGGCGAAGUGGUGAGCGCGUCCGCUACCAACCCUAUGGCUCCGUCUGAGAACUUGGUUGAUGGUAACAAAUGCUGCGACGACGAGGAGAAGUUUGAAGGACUGUGCUACAAGAAGUGCUCCAUCUUGACCAAUGGUGCCUACAAGACUCGUGUCAGCGCCUUCCAGUGCUCCGAGAGCAGCGACUUCCAGGACUUCUUCAAGUCCAAGACGGAAGGCUUCCCGAUCCCUUGCACUGGCUUUGACAUUGCGGGGGACGAGUGCGCCAAGGGAUGUCCUCACAAUGAGGGUGCUUGCCUCGUGACGGAGGAGAUGCAUUUGGGCAAGUGCUACAAGAAGUGCAGCGAGCUCACGGGGAAAGAGUAUCCGGUGAGGACAUCCGCGGAUACAUGCUGCAAGACCAAAAACCUCUUGGAGUGCUUCAGCCCCGCCAACACCAAGUUCAGCCCAGACUUCAACGUUGGAGGCGGUCUCUCUGGCAAGGAGGCUGAUGUCCACAGCCCCGAGGUGAAGCUCACGGAAGCGACGCGUUGAAUUCCGCUCCACUUUUCGUACGGGUCUCCCCGUGCGCUGAUUGUCAGCGCCAGCGAUGCCGGCAGAAGACCUUACCUUUGUGCUGAUGGUGUCUCAUAACCGGCGAAAAUCCGCCUGACUAGUCUUCUCUUGGUUUAGCUC